UGUGUUGUUUCUGGUUCAGGAGGGACAUUUCACGUACACUAUUUUUGACUUAUCAAGUCUUCGUUUGAUCUAAAUCUAAGUUUAUUUGCUGAAAGAGAAUGGCAGAGGAGGACGACAGAGGGAUGGCUUUGAAAGUGCAGAUGGAGGAGCUCGGUCCUGAGGUUGCUGAGCUGCUGGAGUCCGUCAAUGGCGCAGGAGUGGACAGAGAAGCUGUGGUUGUCCAGAUUGUGCAAGACGUCUUUGUCACGGAGCAUUCGAGAAGCGAACCUGACCCCGCCUCGUCCUGCACAGAGGCAUCAGGAGAAACGGAUUAUCCAAGCCUGGACGAAUUGCAACAAGACACAUCUGAGAGUGCCAAGGAAAACAAUCCUGCACCAACUAGAUAUCGACCUCUGGUACCCAAGUCACAGUCCUUAGCACUAAAGUUUGCAAAAAUGCAACUUUCCAAAAAGGUAAAUAGCAUUUCAGCUCGUCUAGCUCAUGCUGAUCACCCGAAACGCAAUCCCGAGUCUAAAUUCUAUAGGCCUACUUUUCGCUCACGUCGAUUGCCAGAACCCAUCCCGCUACCAUCAAGAGAUUCUAGUACUGCCAGCAGUAGCGCAGAUGCUGACAAAGAGCAGGACCCUGCUGCUACAAGCCGGGAAGAAGCCUCUGCCCCUACAAGCAAGGAAGAAGCCUCUGCCAUUACAAGCAAGGAAGCCCAUGCUGCUACAAGCCGGGAACAUCCAUCUGCUCCUACAAGCCAGACUACGGGAAAUUCAAAUCUAGACAGAAUUGGAAACGAUGCCAUUGGUAGCACAUCAAAAAAUCCUUGGCUAUCUAUCAGCUCUGCGCCAGGACCAAGUGUAGCAACAAAUUCUUAUGGAAAGGCUUCUGAAGCCCCUGCACCUGCCGGCCCACCUGUCGACUCGGUGUCAGGAACAAGUGUAUCGCCUAGUUCGGAUAUAGAUGCUUCGGAUGACCCUAGAAGCCAAUCUGUUAUCACAUUUUUUCCAAGGCCUGGCUUACCGGAAUUUGUUACAAGCCCUUCAGCCAGCAAUCGCCAGAGAGAUCUUUCGCCACUGAAGGUUCCGCGGACAACACAUGCACGACCUAUCGGCACUGAGAGGACAGCAUGUCCUUUGCCUUUCUUUCCAACUCUAGGUGUUCCCGAGACCAUUCCGAGCCAGCCAACAAUGACCACCGACACUAGUAACGUAUCUGCAACUUGGCCAUCAGUUAUUCCUUGUCAAGAGAACGUUCCAAUUAAUCCAGCUUCGGUCACUUCCGGUCAAGCAUCACUGAGCUCAUCUGACAACGCUGUUUCGAGAGCCGUGGACCAUCCAGACAGACAAACUAUUGAUUCUGGUCAGGGAUAUUAUGAACCGCCCUUUUAUGAAAUUACAGACACUACUUAUAGUAUACCAGCAGUUGGUUCUGAUCAAAGUCAUGUUACAACGAACCCGACUUUGGUCAUUUCCGGUCCAAUGCAUCAAGCAUCACUGAUCUCGUCGGACUACGCUGUUCCAAGAGCACUGGACCAUCCAGACAGGCAAUCUAAUGAAUCUAGUCAGGAUUAUUAUGUAACGCAAUUCUAUGACAAUAGAGACAGUACUCAAAGCAUGGCAGCGGUCGAUUCUGAUGAAAGACAAGUUACAACUUAUCCGACAUUGGUCACUUCCGGUCCUAUGCAUCAAGCAUCAAUGAUCUCGUCUGACUACGCUGUUCCAAGAGCAUUAGACCAUCCAGACAGGCAAUCUAUUGAAUCUGGUCAGGGAUAUUAUGUACCGCCCUACUAUGACAAUAGAGACAGUACUCAUAGUAUGGCAGCGGUCGAUUCUGAUCAAAGACACGGUCUCAGACAACAAGAAUUACUAAGCUCGUCUGAUAUUUCUGAUCCCAUAGUACAGGUCCAUCCAGACGGGCAGUCUGGUCAAGCAGGGUAUUUACCGUCCUUUUAUGACAACAUAGACCAUAGUACGCCAGUGGUCAGUUCUGACCAAAUAGAGAACAUACCUAGGAAUACGUCUUUGGUCAUUUAUGAACCGAGACAAGCACAAAGGAACGUAUUGUUAGCCCAGUAUAAUCCUGGAGCUGAAGCUAAUCCAAACUGGCAGCCGGGCAAUACUCAAGAAUACAUUCCGGUUUCGCCCUAUCACUCUGGCUAUACGACGACCAUGCCAACGGUCGGUACUGGACAUUACGUACCUACGAAUUUGCCUUAUGCUAUACCUAUCCGGCCAAUGGUAUCACCAUUCCAUCACUUUCCUAGGCCUCAGUUCAUCUGGCCUACUGUCGACCCUAGCCAACAAAGGUCUGUAGCGUUAAUGCCAUCGGUUCACCCUGCUAAUAUCCAACAUGUAUCACACGUGUGGCCAGCGAACGCCUCUGGUCAAAUCGUCAUGGUACCAACGGGUUCGUCUUCUGUAAUCUCUGACCCAAGCCAUGCACCGACCAGUUUCUCCUCAGCUCCGCCUGUUCAAAGGCAAGUUACCGCUAAUACCUCAGCUGAAACCCCCCAUGAGGUUUACCCCAUGAUGCCCUCUCCGACCAGCUCUAGCAGCAGUGAACAGUCACAGGCUUCGAUGGCGAGUGUCUCCGGUGCUGACUCGACUCCAACUUUGAGAUGGAAUAGGAUGAGUCUAGACUUUGAAAGCCGCAUUACUCGGAUAAGAGGGCCAUUUCCUCAUUAUCCAUACGAAACGUUACCAGAGAUCAUUCAACGGAUCAACAGUCGAGGCUUGGAUGCAAGUUCUGAAGAGAUCGCUGAAUUGCAGACCGCCACAUUCAUUGAUCACGAAAUGUUUAAAAGCAUGUUGAGUGGCAAUCCAGCUGCCAUUGGUUAUUACCAAAGAUCUUAUCAAGCUAUGGAGACACCUACUUCAGGCAUCUUCGACUAUCCUGACAGGCCACCGCUAAGAUUCUGUAACAAUGAAGCAGUGAUAGACAUCUCCAAAGCGAUACCAGAGUUCUUUGUUUCUGAUCGAAAUGAACAAAGAGCGAGAACCAGAAGGCAGACAAGUUCAGCUGGAAGAAAUCAAGCUUCAAGACAAGCUUAUGGUUCCACCCGUCAAGUACGUCCGAGAAGUUUAAGGCAUUCCAGAUCAAACACUCAGCCGACACUUCCCAGUUCUGAUGAAGCCAGAGUUGACUCAGAAGAAGCGAACCCAGAAUCUAUGCAAGACGCUAGGGAGCAACAUGUACAGACAACAGUUGGACCUGAACCAGAAGCAGCCGCCUUAGAAAGAAUGCAAUUACUGCAGUCCUUAAGUGCAAGAAACAAGGAGACACACACACAGUUACAGACCAAAAUUAAAUAUCAAAGUAGCCAAACAAGAAGAGCAGCAUCUAGACAAACAGUAUCCGAAUCUUCAGUGGGUGCCCAAAAUAAACGCCAUGAAAAAAUUUGGACACCAAGAUAUCAAAACAAAGCAAAUACAGGAAGCUCUGAACGAACCGGGAGAUCUGGCAAAACAACUAAGACCUCUUCCCAAACAGCUGAAUACUCUUCCCAAACAGCUGGAAACUCUGCCCAAACAGAUGGAAGCUCUGCCCAAACAUCUGAAAGCUCUGCCCAAACAAGCGGGAGUGUUGCCCAAACAAGCGGGAGCGCUGCCCAAACAAGCGAGAGCUCUGGCCAAACAAGCGAGAGCUCUGCCCAAACAGCCGGGAGCUCUGCCCAAACAUCCGGGAGCUCUGCCCUAACGGAUGAGAGCUCUUCCCCAACGACAGGGAGCUCUGCCCAAAGGACUGGAAGCGCAACCCAAACGACAGGGAGCGCAGCCCAAACGACAGGGAGCGCAGCCCCAAUGACCGGGAGCGCUGCCCCAACGACAGUGAGCUCUGCCCAAACAUCCGAGAGCUCUGCCCAAACAAGCGGGAGCGCUGCCCAAACAAGCGAGAGCGCUGCCCAAACAAGCGGGAGCGCUGCCCAAACAAGCGGGAGCGCUGGCCAAACAAGCGGGAGGACUGGCAAAACAAGCGGGAUCUCUGCCCAAACAUCCGGGAGCUCUGCCAAAACAUCCGGGAGCACUGCCCAAACAUCCGGGAGCUCUGCCCAAACAUCCGGGAGCACCGCCCAAACAUCCGGGAGCUCUGCCCAAACAUCCAGAAGCGCUGCCCAAACAAGCGGGAGCGCUGCCCAAACAAGCGAGAGCUCUGGCCAAACAAGCGGGAGCUCUGCCCAAACAAGCGGGAGCUCUGCCCAAACAAGCGGGAGCUCUGCCCAAACAAGCGGGAGCUCUGCCCAAACAUCCGGGAGCUCUGCCCAAACAUCCGGGAGCUCUGCCCAAACAUCCGGGAGCUCUGCCCAAAUAAGCGAGAGCUCUGGCCAAACAAGCAAGAGCUCUGCCCAAACAUCCGGGAGCUCUGCCCAAACAAGCGGGAGCUCUGCCCAAACAAGCGGGAGCUCUGCCCAAACAUCCGGGAGCUCUGCCCAAACAUCCGGGAGCUCUGCCCAAACAUCCGGGAGCUCUGCCCAAACAUCCGGGAGCUCUGCCCAAACAUCCGGGAAGGCUGGCAAAACAAGCGGGAGGACUGGUAAAACAAGCGGGAAGGUUGGCAAAACAAGCGGGAAGGCUGGCAAAACAAGCGGGAGGACUGGCAAAACAAGCGGGAGCACUGCCCAAACUGAAAAUCCUAAUCCUCCUGAAACUGAACAGCCGCCCAGUCCAGCAUUAAAUCUGCGAAACUCCAUGGACCCAAGUGAAGCAGUCAUAGGAAUUACUGAAAUGGGAAUAAUCGUAACGCGAUCAGGUCAUAUGUAUUACUCUGCACUGGCAUCAAAUCCUCAGAGAGUCACACCUGUACUGGCAUCAAAUCCUCAGAGAGUCACACCUGCACCGGCAUCAAAUCCUCAGAGAGUCACACCUGCACUGGCAUCAAAUCCUCAGAGAGUUACAUCUGCACUGAGCUCUUCUAGCAGCGAGUUUACUGCUAGUGCUUCCUGGAGGCCACGUGGUCAAUCGCAGAAGCUUGGCAGCACAAGUAGACAAGGACAUACUCGGCAUAGACAUAGACAUGAGGAAGUCGGCAGGUCGUCAACAGAUUUAGAAAAUAGUGAUGAAGAAAGACCAGAGAGUCCAACCAUGGACCAGGCAUUCUCUCAGGCCUACACGGAAAGUCGUGACGCUGCUAGUGAGAUCAUCGAUGAAUUUAAUUACAUCUUUGACCCAAUUUUCUGUUGGUUUGAGAGGCGCUCUCCAUUUCCGUGUAAUCGUAGCAGAGAAGGAUCUCAAACGGCGGAGUCAGCUGGAGUUGAAGCAAGAAGCCCAGAAUCUGAACAAGCUUUCCUAAAACACUAUUUGAUGCAAGUUGUUCGUGCCAUACAAAAUCCACCAAUGACCUGCCAACUCUCAGACUUUCUAACUACGGAGCUAAUGGAGAUAAGACUGCGCUUGUUUGCCAGAAGAGCCCAACUCCGGGCAGCUAGGGCAUCUGUACGCUUUGACAGUUUGGGUCUUCAUCGCUUGGCUGAAACGUUUCGAACUUUUGCGGAUCCACUUGUUGCUCCUAUCACUGGGCUGGACUCGAGGGUCUACGUAUGGCAAUGUCAAUGUGGUGGCCAGCACGAGGUCCCACAUCCCAGCCCUGAACAGGAAACAGAAUACUGCGACAUAAUUGUCGAGUUUUUGAACUAUGAAAGUGUGAUCACAGAAGCCAUCAUAUAUGUUGAGAGAGAAAUAAUGCACAGAGGACUAACACAGCCUAUUACGGUGACAACCAAUGAACUUGGUUUUUCUUCUAGAGCUAGAGGCUAUGUGGAAGUCGAGUGGAUGAGAAUCUUUCGUAAUAUCGGCAUCGAGAUAGGUAGUCGUCGUGAAGCCAUGAUGACAAGGCUGGUGCAACCUAUCGCACGUUUACAUGAAUACCAGAGAAUAUUUAGGAGUCGAGGCAUGGCUCCUCCUGGCUUGACCAACUCAGAGCUUAGCCAGAUUCCCGUGGUUCAACACGCUGACGCAUCCAGCCAGUGUGAGUCGACCUCUGCUUACGAAUGUUCCAUUUGUCUGAAGAGCUACAGGCCUAGAGAUGAGGUCAGAGUUCUGCCCUGCGGACACAGAUUUCAUCGGAAAUGUAUUGAUACCUGGCUUAAGAAAACCUGCUCCUGCCCGAUGUGCAGAAAAUCUACACGUGACCCUAACCCAGAAUAGUCUGACUUCUGCUGCUUAACUUCCAGGUGCAUGAACAUUGUUUGAAAAUCUACACGUGACCCUCACCCAGAAAAGCCUGACUUCUGCUGCUUAACUUCCAGGUGCAUGAACAUUGUUUGAAAAUCUACUUGUGACCCUAACCCAGAAAAGCCUGACUUCUGCUGCUUAACUUCCAGGUGCAUGAACAUUGUUUGAAAAUCUACACGUGACCCUCACCCAGAAAAGUCUGACUUCUGCUGCUUAACUUCCAGGUGCAUGAACAUUGUUUGGUUUAGCCCAGUGGAGGAAAAAAAAUGUAUUAAAAUCACUUGUAAUCCUUUAAUUUAAACUUUGUAACUAAAACGAUUUGUAAAUACUAUGUAGAUAAAACAGAAAUUAUUUUUUGACAAUUUUAGCCUUUUUUAAAGACUUAUUGUUGUUGUUUUUAUUACAUGGCACUUUGUGUAAUAAGCUGCAAUACUAUUCAUGCACCCCAGUACCACUAUUAUACCUUUUUAUUUUCAUUGUGCGAAAUCUCUCGUACAUUGCAUUGUAGUUAUCGUCAACGAAUGUCAGUUUUUUCAAACCUUUUUAAAAUCUUUUUUUAACAAUAUUUUAAAAGUUUUUAUUCUAUUUUAAUUUAAUAAACUUUUAUUAUAUUUUCUUUUACUUCAAAUGGUUUACAUUACACUGGAAAAAAAAAGUUUUUUUAAGUCUUAUUUUAGAAAAUAAUAUUUUUACUUCAUUUUUAUACUGAAUCUUUACAUGUAAAU